CCAUUUUGAAACAUCAUGGCGGCGUACCCGUUGUUUCCAGCAUGGCUUCCGGCAGCUGCUAGAUGCUCAAUAACAUGUUUCCUUAAAGACACUGUUCCGACGUCAAAGAAAAUCAGCUGUCUCGCAUCCAGCAACACUGUGAGAGGUUACACGAGCUGGAGGAGAAGCAGUUCAUCUACAUCAUCCUGCUCCUCUGAGCCUCCAGCCGCAGAUUUUUGUCCCCCCAGUAAAACUGUCGGACACUACGAUCGCCUCGUUCAGCGUGGCUCCCUGAGGGACGAUGCUCAGCAGCGACAUGUGCUGCAGCAGCUGGUUAACCUGCAGCAGACACUUAACAACUACAGCAACAGUAUCUACUUGAUGCCACCUCCACCCAAAAUAAACUCAAUAGAUGACAGUGGUCAACAGCAGAAAGUGAAAGACUCCUGCAUUACAACAGCUGAAAAUAAAGGCGAUGCAUCCGCUGAAAAGGAGGAACCUGCUCCCCCUCCACCACCACCACCCAAAGGCUUCUAUAUCUACGGAAAUGUCGGCACAGGGAAGACCAUGCUCAUGGAUAUAUUUUACUCCCAGGUGGAAAACACCCGUAAAAAGAGAGUCCACUUCAAUGGCUUCAUGUUGGACAUCCACAAAAGGAUCCACCGGAGGAAACAAAGCCUGCCAAAACGAAGGCUAGGGAAAAUGUUCACCUAUGACCCCAUAUCACCGGUUGCCAUGGAGAUCAGCAAUGAAACCUGCCUCUUGUGUUUUGACGAGUUUCAGGUGACCGACAUUGCUGAUGCCAUGAUCCUGAAGCAGCUUUUUGAGACGCUGUUCAAGACUGGAGUGGUGGUGGUGGCCACAUCCAACAGACCCCCUGACGAUCUGUACAAAAACGGACUUCAGAGGGACACCUUCCUACCUUUCAUCGACGUGCUGAAGGAGUAUUGCCAGACCAUCUGCUUAGACUCUGGGAUUGACUACAGGAGGCUGGACAAGGCUGCAGCAGGGAAACUCUACUACCUUACAGGGCAACCUGGUGCGGAGGCCUUCUUGGAUGCACUGUUUGAGGACCUGGCUAUAAGACAAAAGUCUGUUACAGGUCCUCGGGUGCUCACUGUGCUGGGCAGGGAUGUGACUCUGGAAAAGACCUGUGGCUCCAUCGCAGACUGUACUUUUGACGAGCUGUGUAGCAGACCUCUAGGUGCCAGCGACUACCUGGAGAUGGCACAGCUCUUUGACACUGUAUUCAUCCGCCAUGUUCCCUUGCUGACACUGACCCUGAAGGACCAGGCCCGACGCUUCACCACCCUCAUAGACAACUUCUACAACUACAAGGUGAGAGUGGUGCUACUGGCAGCGGCUCCUUUAGACCGGCUGUUUGUCCACUCCGGAGGAGAAGAUGAGAGGGACCGACAGCUGCUGGAUGACCUGGGCCUCAGCGGGGACACAGCAGAGCGCCUGACUCUGUUCACAGCCGAGGAGGAGAUCUUUGCCUUCCAGAGGACCGUCUCCAGACUGAUGGAGAUGCAAACAGAGUCAUACUGGAUGGAGGGAGAUCGCAGCAUCAGCAAGAAACACAUGAACACCUAACACCACAUUCCUGAUAAGCAUAUACCUCUACACUGUACCUCACUAACUACUCACUACCCAUGGCAGAUAGAUAAGGGAGUGAUAUAAAAUAUCAACUGUAAAUUUAUAACAAUAUAAACCUCAGACAUACUGUUUGGAGGGAUACUUGUACCAUUUGACUUCUCUUCAUCUAAUGCAUGUGUGUUUAUACCUCUCUACUCUUUCAGCCCAUUUGGCCUUCUUCUGGGAGGUGUAAUCUCUCCCCCUUGUGGACUUUUAUUUUAUUUUAAAGAAUAAGCUCUCAAGCAUGUGUGAACCAGAAAGCAAACAGGUGCUCACUUCAAGGGGAGCGAGGGGGGGGGACCAAGUGUCUGUCACAGUAGUUGGCUACUGCCCUCUAGUGGGUGAAUAUGAAAAAGGUCAAAUGUUCUCAAGCUGUUUCUAUUUUUACGGAACAACAUCAGCCUCUGUGCAUUCUUGAAUUUAACCUCAACUGUAUUAAACCCGGCAUAAAUGUGGAAUGUAUGUGAUAUAUUUAUCCAUGUAGCAUAUGAAUGAGACUGCGGUAUGGGACACUAGUAUUCAAGGAAAUGUUGAGGCAUUUCUAUUUAUUUCUAUGUUGAGCACAAUAGUGGGAUUGUUGGCAUUGAUUUUUUUCCAGGAUUUGAUUUGUAAUCAACUAGAGUUGGUCUUAAUCUUGAUUUAGACUUGACAAAGAUAGUUUGACUGCAGUUGCUUCUUGUUUAACACUUAACUUUAUUAUUAUCCUAGAGGGGACUUUGUCAGGCAAAGGCAUACACAAAAACUCAAAUAAUACAUGACAAAAAAAACAAAACAAAAAAACCUCAAAGCCAAACAAAAUUGUUUUAAAUCAAACAAUGUAUUGAGCUUCAUUGAAUUGUGUAGUUUUGAAUGCAGUUCAUUAUGCAGAUAAAUAAACACAUCUAUGCUGUAA